CGGUGUCAUGGAGAUAGUGACUGUUUAUUUGACAGCGUCGACCGAUGAUACCUCGAUCUGGUUGAAAUAACGCCUAAUAAAGAGCACCGUGAGUAUGUCAUAUUCUGAAAAAAGGAGCGCCGUGUCGUUGGUCUCGUCGGCUGAGUCCUGUAGCUUGAUAGGGAUCGAACGAAUGGAUGAUGAACUCGGAACCAGGAACGACUUGGAGCGUAUAAGACAAAAACUUGGUAUUGUCUGGCUCAACUGGCCCUCGAUUGAGUUUCAUGACGAUUACCUCAACCAAGUGCCUUUGGACUACUCCAGACUCAGCGAUGCAGAAAAGGUCCUUCACUGGCAUGUUGAGAACUUCCGCAAGCAAUACCAUGCCCUUUAUCCACUGCGAAAGCCUCUCCUACUAAUUUGCGCUAACGAAUGCAGCAUCCAGAGGUUUGUAUCCUCAGCGAUAAGAUGUUCAGUGCUCCCGUACGCAGAACUGAGUACAUGGCAAGGCUGCGCGACAUUCAUCCGGGAUUUCUUGAGCUACGAGCCCCUCGCCGAUCCAUUGCUCAUGGUGAGUGAUCAUUCUUAUUCAUACCCCUCCUUAUCUCUUUAUCGAUGCUCUCACAACUACUAGAAUUGAGCUACAUUUUCCAGUACACCGUCAUUGAGGGGGCACGAACUAUCAAAAAAAAAUCACAUUGAUCUGAUUAUUU